AAUGCAUUCAAUACUACAUUCUCCGAAUAAGUAAUAUAUGGACAAGCGAUCGGCCCGGCGCUUGUGUGAAUGGCUCUCGAUCGAAGUGUUUUGAGGCUUAUGGCAUGUUGAUUUCGUGACUUCAUGUCUCUCUCUCUACGCUACAUUUCUUUACAUUUUCUCGCUUGAUAGACGUCCGAGAUGAGGAUACAGCAAACUAAGCGGCUAGAUCUCUCUACCUCUCAGGAUGUUUGCAACAUUUUUCUAACUCGAGAUGAGACUUUGCUAGUCCAAGGACUCACGGAGCUGCGUGACCGUCUCACUUUGAAAUACAACGAACGUGUCGAUGUCCAAGAUGACCGCCUGCGAUUGCUGAAUACCUGGUUGAGCGCGGACCCUGGUGCACAGUCGCUCUUCAAGUUGUGGGAACACGUCAAUGCACGCCAACAUGUCGUCCUUUCCCUCGUCGUAUCCAUCCUCGCGAACAUUCUCGCCUUGCUUUCAUCACACUAUACAUUCCAUGGCCUUGCUACGCCUAUCAUCAAUUCACUCACCUCCCAGCAGUGGAUAAUGAAGCUCAACUAUUACCUGACAAGUUCCUUCAAUGAACUCGUAUUGUUCACGCUCAAACUUUACGUGGCCCUUUCAAACUUCGGCUCGGGACAAGUGCGAAAGGUGCUCCUCGAUGAGUUUGCUUGGGAUCUGAAGAUACUACCAAAACUUUUUCACAUGAGACGCAAAGGCAAAAUGGACCCGAGCAAGAAUAUUCUCGCAUCGCCAGACAUUCGUUCUCUUUUCGUCUUGUUUCUCUUGUCUUUUGUGGGCAGUUCUUCCUCACCUAACGUCAAAGCUAUUUUCCUUGAGCAACGUCGCGAUUUACUUGCGACGAUGUUCAAGGGUCUUGCUCAAGACCCAUACCCAUUACUGCGAAAGGUACUGGAGGUCUGUUGGGAUGGCAUCUGGUCGGAUACCAAAGUCAGGCGUUCCCUGAAAGUGGCUUUGUUCAACGAAAGCACGGUCUCACAGAUAAUCAGGUUGUACGAUCGUCGAACUCAGGAAGGACCGGAUGCAGACGAUAUCCCUGCGGAACUUGUUCAUCACUUUAUGUUAGCCCUUUGCACUCGACCAGGCGUUGGUAUCUGCUUCAAAGAUAACGGCUGGUAUUCUCGUGAAGACGAUCGCGAAAACUUCGGAGGUGAUGACCCUAUUGCGAAUGCGCAAGGGCCUCCCCGGUUUAAGAUCUACAACAAGAUUCUGGCCGGAGUAGCUAAGACUCUGAGACUAAGUGAUGAUCCAAGGCAACGGGAGCUCGCUCUUCGCAUCCUGAAAGCAUGUCCGGAGCUUGUUGCAGGAUUUUGGUCCGCGUCUUCGCUGACAUUGGAGCCUCGUCUUUCAUCGACUUGGAUAGCCAAUAUUGCCUUUCUUGGUUCAAUAAUUUCUGAACCACCUCCAAUCACGUCGUUCUCCGAAGGGAAUGAGUACCGAUCUGUACCGCCACCUCUAUCCAGUAUAAUCGACAAUAUCCUGCCUACAAUGUACAUCAAGACACAUCUCUCUCGAGGGCUUCAGUCAUCUUCACUCCUGGUACAACACUGUACAGCGCUGGCGCUUAUAAAAUCCUUGAUAAAGUAUAUCGCAGUACUUCAUACCUUCCGAUCCGUCCAAGAAGAACUCCAAGAGGAUACAUCGGGGCCUUGGACUCGAAGAAUAGUGGAUGUUGGAAGGGAAGCACGUCGGAGGGUACCUGAUCUGCAAGUUGUCGUUGCAUUUGCUCAGCAAAGGAGUAGCGUGAAAGGCAACGCGAUGCAGUCAGAUCUACUUUUGGAAUGUUCACAGAGGCUCUUGUGGUUAUACCACAAAGCCCUUCCUUCUCUCUUGGCAGAAUCUCGCUUCGAUGUCGCAAAAGUCCUGCAGGUGGUGCACCCUGAGGCACACACCUCAGAGACGAGCAUCGCAAGUCCCCUUGCAGGACUGCACACAGUGCGACAGUUACAUGCUUUGCGGUUACUAAGGACAAGCGAUCAGUUCUCGUGGUCCAGUAAAACGGACUCGACUCAAAGCAACUUUUGCGCCUUGCUGGAGUUGUACGUGAAGACUGGGGUACCCGUCGUACAAUCCGCGAUCAAAAAUGUACUACAAGAAACAUUAGCAACUAGUGUUCUCUUCCAGCAUGAUCCGGAUGAGUUCUCGCUCUGGUUGGAUGCUUUGCCAAUAUAUGCCUCCGACUCAGAACUACCACUCAAGCUUGAAUCUACUGUCGUAAUUUGUUUCUUGGACGAAUGUUCACAGCGCUGUAUCAAGACGCCAUUCAAAUACAUCGAAGAACUAAGGAAUCUGCAACCGGCCCAAGAGGACAACCCACUGCUCUCCGAGGAUCUGGAGUCAUCUCUGAGCCCUCUCUUUAUGACGAUGUUGGAGCAAUUCUCCGCAAGAAUGUCAGCGCACAAACUGCAUCACUCCGACGCGCUCGCCUUACUUACAUUCUUGCGGCGCUUGGUCGUGCGGUUUGCGUGCAAGGUGCAGUCUCUGGAGAAAUUGCAUCCUAUCGUUGCAAGACUGAUAGCAGCCACUCCCGAUGACAAUGGGGACGCUGAGGUCACUUUCGCAAUACGAGCUGAAUUGCGGAGUCUUUGUCUUGGAGUGAGGUAUCCCGACAUGCCCGUUCAUACUGGCUCAGAUGCAGCCAUUGCUAGGAAGGAUAUGCUAAACAUGGUUGAUACGGAUACCCUGCAAGCAACUGAAGUCGCCAAAGCGUCCGUAGGCGAGUUGAUAUAUCGUCUACGUCUAUCGGGCUAUUGCAGGGAAAUGGAGCUGCUUGACCGUGCUGCAUCCACUAUAGAGCGCUGGCAUCCGACGGCUCUACGAGAAUUAUUUGAUUACAUCCUACCUCUACAAGGUCAUCUGUGGCCUCCACGGGAUGUCAAGGAGCGCCUCCCCCAGUACGCUCAACACGUCGACUUCUGGCUCGCUUUCCCUCAUUGUGAGGACUCUGUCGUCGAGGAUCAAGACUGUCAGGAAGUCCUUGUCUCCCUGACUGAUCGAGAGGGAGUGAGCUUCGUCGAUUUUAAGCGAGCAUUCUCGUUAGUGAACCAAAGGCUUCUCAACACAAGAUACGAGUCCGUAUGGGCUGAACUACUAUCCCUACUCUCUCGUCUUAUGUCGAAAGCUCAAGUCAGGUUAGCUGCUAGUGAUGGCCUCAGGCUCAAACGGUAUAUGUUACAGUUGCGAAGUGUUCGAGAUUGUUCGUCGCAUUCUCUCAAGAGGGAUGAACGUCUAGCAUUCACAGCGCUGUUGCGAAACACUAUUGCUGGAGAUGAUACAGAGAAGAAUAAAUUACUUGCAGAGUAUGCCUUGUAUUGGUCACAUCUCUUGCGCACCAAGUGGCAGGGCAUGAACGAUGAUGAGACGAUGACGGCAAUGGUCUGGAUCCCAUUCAUGGAUGCCGAGUCCUUGUUUGCUGUCCUUGAUGAUAUCAUCGGGGCCGCUAUUCCUGGCCAAUAUCCUGCACUGCUUCUCGAGGAGGUCCUGAAGACUCUGCAUGUUGGACAUGAUCACGACAAAGUCUCACUGUCAAAGCAUGUGCCAGCAUUUGCCCGCCUGCAAUCAAUUGUCCCCAACUCUGCCAUAUUGGAGGCUCUCCUAGCAGAUUCCAUUGAAGAUAACCUACCACCUUUCUACCAAGGUUUCUUCCGGAUACCGUCACACAUGGGCUCUCAGCUUGUAAACCGGUCUAUUGCGCGUUUCAGUGGGCACAACCCCGCCUCUAUCCAUGACGUUCAUAAUCUUGACGUUGCACCAUUCUUGCGUCGCACAACUUGGACCGACAAUACAACACGCAUUAUCGUCGUUUUAGUUUUCGCUAGCCAGUCCACUAGAGCCACUGUUGUCCGAUGGCUCGAGCAUGACCCUUGCGAACAGGAGGUCAAGCAUUUAUCUGCGAUCAUCGCCGCUCUGAUUGAUUGCUCUAGGGACAACUCGUGCAUUACUGUGGGCAUGUUGCCACAGUUUCGCAAACUUAUCCGAUCGUUGGUAGAUGAAGAAUGCUUGACUCAGAGGUCGACGUCAACCUCUGGGACGAUUGCGCUUGCAUUGCGAUGCAUCCCACACUUGCGUUCAAAACUAUUGACAAUACUGCUCGACGAAUUAUCCGGGUUCACUUCAAUGCCAUGGAAUAUGUCCGUCUUAACAAUAUGCCAAUGCACCGUCGACGUGCUAGGCUCCGAGGCGUCCGCUUUAGUAGAGAAGGUUGUAUCAAACGGUUGCAGAUGGGCGACGGCGCUUUUGUCGGAAGCGAGGCCUUGUACAGUCCCUGAAGGCACCAGCUUGACAGCACUCGCUGAGUUGUCUAGAGCCUGUUCUCUUACUUCUCUCUCGCCGUCUCUCGUCGAUACGGUACUCAGUGUUGCCGUUCAACAUCAUCUGUCAGAACCUGUAAUACUGCAAUUCAUUCAUCGAACAGUUGAGGCAUUGCGACCCAAGCCGGCGAAUAUUAAUCGACUGCUGCAAAGUAUAGUGCAGCAUACUCAGUUCCCUGACCUCUGCAGACAGGAUGGCUCAAGCACAUCGGAAGUGAAAGAAAUUAUCAUCGAUCUCUUGCACUUCCUAUUCCACCUCUAUCCAGCAAACACAUGCCAACCAAGUCAUGUCGAACCCCUCGGACCUUUGUAUGGAGGCAGCUUGUCAACAUCUGAUCUUCACUUGCUCUCGAUAUUCCGUCUCUAUGAAAAGGAGCGGAAGACAUCGCUGAUCGCUCUCCUAACACACCGAGAAGACGAAUCUGUCGAAGGCCUCCAUUCCCUGCUCAUUCUCGAUCCUGGGCGUAUUUUCCGCACUUGUUUCGCUUUCCCUCAAUGGAACGGUAUCUAUGGCCUUCAAGGCGAUGAUGUGGUGACAGAGGAUGAGGAUGUGUAUGAUCCUACCUAUGUCAUCCUCUUGUUUGCGUAUUGGAUGAGCGGUGCGCCACCGACCUCCGCCUUGGCUUGGGUGCGGAUGUUCAAGACGAAUGUGGUCUGCCUUCUGAUUCGCGCUUUAUCCUCUCACGACACGGCGACAAGACAAGCAGCGUUGUUGCAGCUUUCGCAUUUGCUGAGCUGGUUGCAUGACGCUGACUUUGCGGAGAAGCAACAUGUCUUCCUGAUCUUGGAUUUACUCAAAGAUCAAUUCAGUGACCCGCUAGAUCACGAUAAUUGUGUGCGCCUCCCUGCGUAUAUGACAUUGCACCUGGCACAUUCUCUACGCGGAGUCUUCUAUCCCUCAAAUUUUGUCUAUCCGCUCACCGCCCGAUACCUGCUCCAACGGCCUCAACUGGACGCUGAUGAUGUCCCCAUGCUUUACAACAUGAUGUAUAGCUCCGAUGAUCAAUGGAGACUGCAACAGAUAUGGAUUAUACGAUUUUUAACCGACGGCCUCGUUGGUAAAAAGGAGUGGCAGAUCAUGACGAAACGGCAUACCUGGGAUCUAGUCGCCAGUCAGUAUCAAGGGUUCACGGACAAGACUUCAAGGCAUGCCGUCCUAGAGCUUUUGGCCAGGAUUACCUGUGUAUCUUCUGCCACAUUCUCGCUUGUGACCAAAUCUGCACUGUUGGAAUGGGUCGAGGAGCAGCUUCGACAUUUGAUCGCGGGCGAAGAGAUUGCUUGGCUCAAGGUUCUCGAGAACACGGUCAUCUCUAUGAAAAGGGAACGACCGACAUCUCACAGUCAGCAGGAAUGGCAGAUGACGAUCACCAGAUGUUUGAUCAUAAUCCUUCGAUCUUCCUCUUGUCAAAGUGACGACCUUCUACGGGUCGUUUCUAUUCUUCGCAGAUUAGAUGUCUCUCACCUUAUGGUCGAACAAGUGUCUCUCGUUGUCUCGUACGCAAUGAAGAAACUAGAAGAGACGGAAGCAACUUUGACGAUAUCUCCGGAUGUCGCAACGUAUGGUUUUGCAGAUCAGUCCAUCCCUGCGCCACCUCACCCAUCAAGGAAACUCUGGCUUCGUGCCAAGACGGAACCAUUGUGGCUAUGGGGUCGCACUCUGGAAGACCUGUGGCAGGUAACGUUACAAAUGGAAAGGUGCCCCUGCUGGAAAGGCUUGACAUAUCGACUACUUUUAUGGAGAGCAAUCGUUGGAGAGCAGCGUUCAGUCGUCGGGGAAUGGGCCCGGAGACAAGUCUUGCGGGGCGUGACAGAACAAUGAAAAGUAGUUUACCUCAUCAUGGUGAUCAAUAUACUUCCUAAUUACUAUGACCUGCAAACGAAUAUCAGAACACGAGGGUAUUUCGAGAAUUUACGAUACAAAAAACAUGUUGCUCUUUUCAGGAACUAAUGCACAAAAGUCCGAUGUAUCAAUAUAAUCAAGCGUCAUCU